AUGUGCAAUGUGAAUGAGUGUGUUGAAGGGACCCACAACUGCCACUCCAGUGCGACCUGCCAGAACACGCAGGGGUCCUUCUCCUGUGGCUGUGUGGACGGUUUCCAGGGCAACGGUGUCGACUGCACUGACAUCGACGAGUGCUCUGCUGGAACCCACAACUGUGACGUCAACGCGGCCUGUACCAACUCUGUGGGAAGCUUCAGCUGCAGCUGUGACGCCGGUUUCAGGGGAGACGGGACCACUUGUGCAGAUAUUGACGAGUGUGCGGAGGGAUCACACGACUGCCAUGCUGACGCCACCUGCUUGAACACCCCGGGAUCCUUCAGCUGUAGCUGUAACUACGGCACCGAGGGGAACGGCACGGUCUGCAUAGACAUCUGCUCGGACACUUGGACAUACUACGAGGAGUCGUGCUACCUGAGUUCCCGGGAAGUCGCCGACAUCUACUCCCGUGACGACUUCAGCCACACGACCUGGACCAGCGCACGGACCACGUGUCAGGCACUCCGGGGGGACCUCGCCGUCACACCGGAUUCAGCGGAACAGGACUGGGUGAGGAGACAUAUGAUGGGUACGUUCCACUGGAUCGGUCUGGGUGCCGACGCUGUGACCUGGGUGGACGGGACGGCCAUCACCGAUACGUGA